CUUCAAAAAAAAGUCAAAGUGCUGUGUUUGGAAGUACAUAUAACAGGGCACUUCUUGGUGGUGGUAGAGAAUCAUGUAAAGUCUAAACCUUUCCUACUGAUAUAUCAUGCAACUUUCAUGGCUUCUCUUCUUUUCUGCACUUGGUUUCCUUCAUCUUUUCAAACUCAUUUUCACUCUCUUCAAAUGGGUUUUCAUCACUUUCUUCCGACCACCCAAGAACCUCAAAAACUAUGGUUCAUGGGCUAUCAUCACCGGAGCCACCGACGGCAUCGGCAAAGCCUUUUCCUUCCAACUAGCUCAAAAUGGUCUUCACCUAAUCUUGGUUAGCAGAAACCUAUCCAAGCUUAAAGAAGUUUCUGAUGAGAUUGUAUCAGUUCACCCAACCACCAAGAUCAAGAUUUUCACUAUGGAUUUUUCUGGCGAGAAUGUGGUGGCUGGAGUUAGGGAAAUGCAGAAGGUGAUUUCUAGUGAGCAACUGGACGUGGGUGUUUUGGUGAAUAAUGUUGGGGUAACUUAUCCAGCGGCUAGGUUUUUUCAUGAGGUUGAAGAAGAAGUUUGGAUGAAGGUGAUGAAAGUGAAUGUGAUAGCUACGACGUUGGUAACAAGAGCUGUGGUUGAAGGAAUGAUUGAGAGGAAAAGAGGUGUCAUUGUUAAUAUUGGUUCGGGUGCUGCCAUUGUCGUACCUUCACAUCCUCUCUAUGCGAUCUAUGCUGCCAGCAAAGCGUAUGUUGAUCAGCUUUCAAGGUCUUUAUAUGUGGAGUACAAGUCUCUUGGUAUAGAUGUUCAAUGUCAAGUGCCAUUAUAUGUAUCUACAAACAUGGCAUCACAAGUUGCAUCGGUUGAGAAGUCAUCUUUGUUCAUACCAACAGCUGACGAUUACGUGAAGGCUGCAAUUAGACAAAUAGGAUACAAAUCUCGUUGCACACCAUAUUGGACUCACUCGGUUCAAUGGUUCUUCGCUUCGUUGACUCUUGAUUCAAUUCUUGACACAUGGCGCCUUUCCAUUGGCAUUCAACGUAGGGGACAAUUGGCAUAGUAAUUAUACAUUGAAGUUGUAUCUCAAUCACUUGUUUGGAAAUUGUGGUCCUUGUCAUAUUAUAAUUAAGGGAUUUAUGGGAACUACAUUCUGGAAGACUCUAUUGUCUGAAUCUUUCACAACGACCCAAUGUUGAUGUGAAUGAAUGAAUUAAACUGAAAUUCGUAAUAUUUUUAAAAGUUACAAUAUCGAAUGAGUUGACUCAAGUUGGUUUAUUAGACUAAUAGGUAACAUGUGUAAAAGCUAAAAAAUACUAGCUAAAGGAAAAAUGUCAACGGUUUGGUUGAAACUGUAACCUAAAAUGUAAUUUUUAAUGCUUGUAAAUUACUAAAUCUUCUUGUCUAAUGGUUUGGGUUUGAGGCUAACAUAUACCAUAAGGGUUUUGGUGAGAGCUCAUCGAAGAUCAAUCGAGAAGGAGAAUGGGAAGGGAGAUAUGGUUUGGUGGUUUUGCAAUUGAGAG